CUCGAUCGACUUCUCACGCUCGCCGGCAGCAACAUGAUGAGACCUCGAACCUCCUCCUGCACCAAGUUUUGGAGGGCGACGACGAAGACGACACCACCAACAGCAAGAAGCAUGUCCAGCUCCGGCAGCGGCGAGCAACAGCGGCUCCUCGUGGGCGUGGACCCCUGCAAUAAGCUCUGCAAGAUCAUGUUGUCCUGUCCCAAUGCCGGGCUGGAGCAGGCCCUUGACGCGAGCGGCGUGCGCGCCUUCCCCGACGUGGCCGAGCAGGUCCUCCUCCGCUUCGAGAACGCCGGCAUGCUCGCCUACCGCUUCUUCGACUGGGCCCGCCGGCAGCAGCGCGGCUAUGCCCACACCGUCCGCGCCUACCACGCCAUGAUCGCCGCACUCGCCAAGAUCCGCCAGUACAAGCUCAUGUGGGACCUCGUUGCCGCCAUGCGCGCCCAGGGCGCCCUCAACGUCGAGACCUUCUGCGUCAUCAUGCGCAAGUACGCCCGCGCCCACAAGGUGGAGGAGACCCUGUACACCUUCGACGUCAUGGAUAAGUACGGUGUAGCGCCCAACCUGGCGGCGUUCGGCGGCCUGCUCGGUGCGCUCUGCAAGUCGAAGAACGUCAGGAAGGCCCAGGAGGUGUUCGACAAAAUGCGCGACCGGUUCGAGCCCGACGCGAAGACCUACAGUAUCCUGCUCGAAGGGUGGGGAAGGGCGCCCAAUCUGCCCAAGAUGCGGGAAGUCUACCAAGAAAUGCUGGACAGGGGUUGCGAACCAGAUAUAGUCACCUAUGGAAUUAUAGUCGAUGCACUGUGUAAGGCAGGACGGAUGGAGGAAGCUGUCGAUGUAGUUAGGGACAUGAGCCACAGGGUUUGCCCGCCGACACCCUUCAUCUAUAGUGUGUUGGUGCACACGUAUGGGGUCGAGAAGAGGAUAGAGGAUGCCGUAGAUACAUUCUUGGAGAUGGAGAGAAAUGGAGUUAAGCCCGAUGUCGUCGUGUACAAUGCACUGGUUGGUGCAUUUUGUAAGGCAAACAAGUUUGAAAAUGCAUUUAGUGUGGUGGGAGAUAUGGAGGAUAAAGGCAUCACCCCGGUCGCAAGGACUUUUAAUAUCAUAUUGAACAGCUUGAUAACUGCUCAGAGAUACGAGGAGGCAUAUAGGGUUUUUCGCCGCAUGAUAAAAUGCUGUGAACCUGACUCAGAUACCUACACCAUGAUGAUAAAGAUGUUCUGUGAAACCGACAAGUUGGAGAUGGCUUUGAAGGUGUGGAAGUACAUGGGCAAGAAGCAAUUCCUCCCAAGCAUGCACACUUUUUCUGUCCUAAUCAAUGGGCUCUGCGAGAAGGGCGAACUGAACCGGGCUUGUAUAGCUUUAAGGCUUACAUCAUGUGAUUUUGUUGGGCCUACACACAUAUUUGAUGCUUGA